GAUAGAGAGCUGGGUGUGUUUCAGUACAGUUGCUGGAGUGACAGUCUAGCAUUGGAAUACAACCUCUCCUACUGCAGUUGUGUAACAAUCCCUCCUACUGCACGAUUACCUCACUUGGACAGUGUAAAAUAUCCUAGAUACCACCGUUCACGAGGAAGUACUCGGCUUCCUCCCAACCUUUUCCAGGUAAGUUGAGUCAGAUUUCAGCGUACAUAUGUCAACUUGGCUUUUCUGUUUUCUGUGCUCACACAUAUUCAGCAAUACAUGUUGUUUUUUUCCUUUGCUUUCUCGGCUGUUUUUUUUUUUCUUUUGUUGUUUUGCAGAGUUUUCCGUUUGAAAAAUGGAAUGUAAACUUUACAGCUAUGCAUGUUGUAUGUCGCCUUUGGCUCACUGAACAAAACGUGUGGUACGGUCACUUUCACAAUGUUUGUUUUUUAGACACUUUGUAGUUUAUUCACUAAACACUGAAUUGUAUUGAAUUGCAAAACUAAAUUGCAAAAUUAAGGCUAAAAUAGCUACGCGUUGAUUAUACUUGAGUUGCAGAUUGUGUUCCAAAGCAGCACUUUUUGUCUACAUUUUGCAAUUGUGUUUUCAGUUCACUAUAACUGAAUGUUUAGUUAAAGCAUUUGUAAAACUACCAUGCAUUUCAAAUUCAUUUUCAGUAAAUGUCGGCGACAAUGAAGUACUGUUGUAUAUCAACUGCGGCAGAGCUGUCUGUUUCUGACAUCUAACAUGCAUUAAAGCCUGUAUGUCGUUUUAACAUUGUGGAAACUGAUUCAGCAGUUUUUAAACAAUGUUAGUAACACAUUUAUAUUUUACACCGCCACUGCUUGUAUGUACCAACACAUUAGACAGCAUACACCUGGCCUCCCCUUCUGAUUGGUUGUUGGGUUUUAUUAUGCUUUCUAGAUUGACUGCUGUCAUAUUAUCCAUAGAUGAUGCAAUUUAUUCAGGCAUUAUAGUGUUUGUGGGCACAGCUGACACACAUCGUGCAUAUACUUAUGUUUAAAGGCACUAUAAGCUAAUUCUACUCAGUGCCAUCUUAACAACAUUAUGGGCCCCCGGGCAAAGCAGUGCCCUGGGGCCGUGCCUACACAACAACUCACAGGAAUACAAAUGUAAAUUAUAGAUAAAAUUAAGCUUAUAUUUAUUACUACCUCCAACAUAUGCAAUACAUACAUACACACAGACUGCUGACACAUUCACAGACUGCUGACACAUUCACACACAGAGUGCAGAACUCCACGUGCUGUGGGCAGUGGUGUAUCCUGGUUUUGUGCUGCCCUAGGCAUGACAAAACUCAGGCGCCCUGGGGGCGGAGCCAGCUCUCGGCAUGAACGGUCGCACUUCUCCUGCUCUCUGCCGACCGCAGCCCAAAACCGGACGAAAAAGACCCCAAAAGCCUUCCCUUCUGGUAACAGACGGCCUGCAACUACUCCCCCUGAUAUGGGGAGAAAGACCAAAAAGCCGCGGCCCGAUCGCCCGCGAUUUACGGCCGAUAUCGGCGAUUUACUGAGGAGGCCGCAUGGCGCGGCGGCGCCCAACAUGGCGGCCGAAUAUGAGGAUUUCUCAGAAAGCUCGGACGACACAUCCCUCCACUGCCCUGAGACACUGGGGUACAAGGGACCUCCUAAACUCAAACAACAGCCGAUGGGCUCCCCAAUCACUACGGAGAUUCUUACCUCUCUCCUGACUGACCUACGCCAGUCGCUCUCUGCAGAGAUCUCCCAGGUAAGGGAGGAUGUAAAGGGGUUCACUGAUCGCCUCUCAGCAGUGGAGCAAUCCACCCAGGCACAAACAGCACAAAUAACAGAGCUGCAGAAUCAGGUCAAAGACCUCUCCUCAGCCCACAUCACACUCACCCACCAACUAGCAGCAAUGGAAGACAAAAGGAGGUGGAAGCAUGUUAAAAUCAGAGGCCUCUCAGACGCAAUUGCCCCAGCCGAACUUCCCCACCUACUCAGAAGGCUUUUCACAGCCCUCCUGUCCCCCAAACAAGCUAAAGGGGUGCAGCUAGAUGGCAUGUUCCGCUUACCCAAGCCGACACAACUUGCAAAUUCAGCGACAAGUGACCUUCUGGUCAAAUUUCAAAAUGGGCAAGACAAAACUGCCUUAAUGGGCUCCAUCAGGGGACAAAAUCCAUACCGCUUUGAGGACAUGGACUUAACGUUCUAUUCCGACCUCUCACGCACAACACUGCAAUGGCGGAAAUCUCUCCGACCACUUACAGCGGCAUUGACGGCUAAGGGAGUGAAGUAUCGCUGGGGACCAUCACACAUACUCCUCAUCCAACACCAAGGCAAGGAAUAUAAAGCGACGGACGUCGCAGAAAUGGACACUGUCUUGACCGACAUGGGACUACGGCCAUCUUCAACCGCUACAACCUGGGAUCCGACUAAAGUUGUCCCAUUUGUUCCAGCAUCCAGGGGAACGCUUGGAGAGCAGACUACCUGAACCGGGACUUUUGAGUUACUCUUGUUUUGCUUUUUGUUUUGUUUUAAUGUUCUCCCUCUUAUACACACCGCUGUAAACGUACAAGUUUACUCCCAGGGCAUAGGCCCUAUUGAGGGGUAACCCAGAAACCCCUACACACACAUAGCAGGAUUGCUAUACGGCUUUUAUUUGCCGCCGAACCGGGCAGAACCCGGACUAAUUGGCUCCCUUUAAUACCAAAACCCCCCCAGCUCCAACGCAUUUACUCUACCACGAGAUCACUAAUUAGGAGCUGCACAAAUACACUACCAGGUUGCACGUCAGUAUCCUCUUUUAUCCUCUCACUCACACGACAAUCUAGGCCGUGCACAGCCCUCUCUGUCCACAAGGCCUUACGACCUUACACACGGCCUAUAGCUGGAAUUUCUAACUGAUCCACAACACGGGCGUAUUAACAUACUCCCUCAGAACACAGGGUCCCAUUUCACUUUUGACUCAAGAGGCACAUAAGCAUGCACCUUGCCUUCCACUGUAGGCAUACUCCAGUCCAUAAGCAUAUACGCCGACACUAACCAUACGACCAGGAUUGAAAUUGCUCUUUUUCUAUCCUAUUUUCAGUGGCUGCAUUAUGUUGAAUCUUUUAUAUAACCCUUUUAAAAAAUUGUGCCGAUACUCACAUGCCAUGCUAUUGUUAUACUAUUCUAUUGAUUGCAGCUUGCUAUAGCUGUCGUGGCUAUUCAAGCGUAUUGUUUAUGUAUGCACUACCAAAAUAAAGAAUUUAUAAAACUCAGGCGCCCUCCCCUCCCCUCCGCCACCUUUCCCUUCCCCUGCCCCCCCCCCUUCCCGCCUUCUAAAUACACACACACAUUCACUGACAGACACACAUACACUAGCUAACAGACACGCAUACACUCUUACUAACAGACACACACAAACUAACAGACACACUCACUCACUCAUUUACAGACACACACACUAACACACACACUCACUCAUUAACAGACACACACACACACUCACUAACAGACACAGACACACACAAUCUAAUAGACACACACACACAUUUUUUUUAAUACAAUCCCCCCAGCCUCCUUACCUUUGGGAAUGCUGGGGUGGAUUCUCAUUUCCCUGGGGUCCAGUGGGGCUGCUGGCCGGCCGGCCGGCCGGCCGGUGACUGCAGGCGGCGAGGGAGCACUGUUCCUCCUGUUCAGCUCCCUCGCGCGCUGCAGAGUGAUGCCUGGAGCCGUAAUAUGACGACAUAUUCCGGCUCCCGGCAUCACUCUGUGGCACGCGAGCAGAGAGCUCACUAAUCAGUGCUCCUUCGCCAGCGCCGCCUGCCCGCCUGGAUUGUCAGUUAGCCGCUAGGGCUAAUACGUCCCUGGCUGUGGGGGGUUCUGUGUGUGUGUGUUUGUGUGUGAGAGAGAGAUGCUGUGGCUGUGUGUAGGGUACUGUGUGUGUUGCAAAGUUUGAGGGGUGCAAGUAGCACAUUUAAAAAAAAAAAAAUAAUACUCUACAUUAAUAAAAUCUUCACCCCCCCCCCCCCAUCUUACCUUUGGUGAAGGAGGGGGGGGGGGACAGUCAGCUCUGGUGGUCCGGUGGAUGUGAGUUCUGUAUAGCUUGCAGCUUGUCUGGCUACAGGCUGUCUCCUAUCUUCCCGCGUGCAGAAUGCUGUGUGGGGCAUUGCCAUGGAAACGCGCAGCAACGCUCCACACAGCCUGCUCGCGGGAAGAAAUGUCUUCCUGGUCCCUCCCCAUGCCUCCGAGUACUGCCUCAUUCUGUCUCCCCGAUCAAAGGACCUUUGGGCCGGUGAGGAAGAUCUCUGAUCUCCUCACCGGCCCGAGAGGGCCAAUGGCAAGAAAAUCGGAUCUCCCCUAUCGGCCUGGGCACAUGGAGAAAAAGGUAGUGUUUACAUUACUGCCUAGUAACACCUCUAGUGGCAGUCACUCAGACGUUGACUGCUCCCCAUAGAUAUGCACUGAUUUAUUGCAUCUCUAUGAGGAAUAUGCUUAUUGGCACAGGGCAACAUAUUGCUACGCAUGCGAAAUAACCUCCCAAUGCUUUCGUAUGGGAAAGCAUUGGAUUAAGAUUGAUCAUCAAGAUUGAUGAUCUCAGCCAAGGAGGCAAGGUGGAGCCAAAUGCAACAAGACCGUUGCGGCGCUUCAAAGAAAGGUGAGCAAAAAUACUUUUUAAAAGUAAGCAGGGGGGUCGGCGGCCUAAAUGAUGAUUUUAAAACUAUAGUGUCUGGAAUACAUGUUUGCAUUCCUGACAUUAUAGUGUGCCUUUAAGCAAGGAAGCCAUCUAUGCAAACUUCCCGUUAACUUUUCUCACGUUUGAAUAAUUCUAUUGAAUCUGUGGCAUGCAAACUCCACACAUGCAUAAAAACACAGUGCUCAGAACCAGGGAGGGACAAUGCAUGUGCAUGCACUAUAAUAGCACAAUCUUGCAAGUGAGAAGGCUGGCUAGGAUGGUGUGAGUAGCUGUGCAUUCUUAUGCCUUACAUAUACUUGGGUGGCUUAUUCUCCAAAUUAUGUCAGUGGGAAGAGAUUUACUGGGUUAUUAAACACAAGCAAAUUUUGCACCAUAACCACUACAGAAGUAUGAAAGUGUCCCUUUAACCACAUUAUUAUUUGUGUUAAUUUUUGCCUGAUUUGUAUACCACUAUUUUAAUUUUUUUAGCAUGUGCAUGUUAACAAGGGAAAGAUUAUUUAGCUCCACCUUUACUAAGUAUCAAGACUGCCAUUACUCCACCCCAUUUCAGAAGCAGUUUGACCACUUUUAGGCCACUUCCACAAGGUUUUAGCCAAUCUCCUUUGCACUGAGCUAUUGUACUCACAAUAUAAUAGGAAGGGGUAGAGCCUAAACAAAUGAACUGCUUGUACUAUCAGGUAUGACAAUGGCACACUCUAAAUUUUUACUAAAUUGCAAUACAUCAAGUACUUUAAGUGACUGAUAUUUCUUUAGCAUAUAUAAGGGUAAUUAAGUUUGCUCCAGCGGAGCAAAAUGCAAGGAUAAUUUUCAAAUUUAUUUUGAACUUUCUAUUUAAGUAUUACCUAUAGAAAUUCAGAUGCAAAGUUGAAAAUAACCUUUAAAACAUUUUGCAGGUUUUAAAUACACGGUCAAGUGAUUAAACCCCGUAGCAGUUUGCUGUCAGCUACAGAACAAAACAGGAAAUGUUUGGAUUCAGUAGAGAGGAUAGAAUUUCAGACAUGCUCUAAACACACAAUUGCUACCUAAUGACCUCCUAUUUAAUGUGUUUGUGUUUUUGGAAAAAAGCUCACGUCACCCACUUCCUGUACAGGCAGCUAGUAUGAAAAUGGUCAAAUAAAAACAUAAACAGGAUUAUUCACAAAUGUGGAAAACUAGAUACAAUUUUAAGUUUAAGACCUUAAAAAAUAAUUUUUCCAGUUUGCCUUCUUUGACCAAAAAAUUUGAAAUUCCCUAAAAUUGACACUACAGUAAACAGAACAAAACAGGUUUCAUUACAAAUGGCCGCAAAUUGAAAUCUGAAUGACAUUUAGAGAUAUGCACAUGUUUAUCUAGAUUUUUGUUCAUCCUUUAGAUUGUAAACUCACGGGCAGGGCCCUCUACCUUUCAUAUUGGUCUGUUUAUACUGUAUUGUCUCUUUCCUAUUUGUACAGCACUGCAGAAUAUGUUGGCGCUUUAUAAAUAAUAUUAAAUAAAAGAUCAUGCUGAUUGGCUAUUUAUAAGAAAUGCUAUUCCAAAUGUCCUUAUUUAAGAGGUAGAGUCCCUAGUUUGGGCACUUAUCCCCCUGCCCCUCUUCUCUAUGAUCUCAGUAUUGUUGGGUGUGUCUGAGCAUAUAACAGAGCUCUACAGCAAUAAUAAUCACAGCAAUGUUUCUUUAAACCGCAAUAAAUGUUUAUAAAUCAGUCUGCAGAGAUAUAAUGUGUUGUUUUUGUUCUAAAUUACAUUUUCGUUGCAUAAAUGAUCAGUAUGACAGCCACUAGAGGCUGACUUAACCCUGCAAUGUAAGCAUUGCAGCUUCCAAAAAAAAUGCACUUUUUUUCACUGCAGGGUUAAAUCUAAAGGUCCACUGCCUCCAAAUCACUUCCUUAAGAUGAAGUGACCUUAGUGGACCUUUAAGUGCUCGUUGGCAGCUGUUAGCAUGUCAAUAAAUAUCCAAUCUGAGAUUAUAAUUGUAAUGCUAUAAUGGCUCAUUGAUGGGGAUUAAAAAUAUAUAUUUUAAAUGAAUGCAAGAAAGAGACUGGUAGAAUCUGCACUAAUUUACAAGGCUCUCACUGAAAGCUGGGGUUCAGAACCCUUUUUUUUUGUUUGUUUUUUAAAGCAAUGCAUGGAUUGCAAAUAUUGUGGCAGUGUCCUCUUGCUGUUCUAAUGCUUUCUCUAAGUAGGUUAUUUAUUGGUGGGCAUCAAUAAAUCCUGUUUCCAGGAUGACAUCUUGCAAAAAUUGCAUUUAGAAAGCAUUUAGCUUUGUGCUACCCCAUCUGGUGGGUAUCAUGGGAAUAGUUGGCACAAAUAAAACAAGGCGUUUUAUGCGUGCAAGUGAGCUCCGGCCCUGAUAAUAAAUUAUUCAUUAUCUUUUAUGAAACCUAACACAGAUUUCUAGGUGCAGUAUUUACUAAUAGCUGGUACAAAGAACAGACUGAUACUCGUUAACAUACUGAACUGUUGUUUUUGCAAUAGUUACAAUUCAUUUCAUCUCAUUCUUGUAUCUCACUUUUAUGUUAUAUAUAUUAUUAUUAUUAUUAUUAUUAUUAUUAUUUUUAUUUUAAACCAGGCACAUUCGACUUUGUGGUUUAACUUGCUAAGAACCCAAGAUGAAGCUGUCUAUUAUUGGGGCUACAGGUCAGACGGGACUUUACUUGGUAAACCAAGCCUUGGAACAGGGUCACGCAGUGACGGCUCUUGUACGAAAUGUCAGCAAAAUCACCAUUCAGCAUGACCACUUAAAGGUUUGGAACAACUGUAUAACCUUGUCACCUGUGUCCCGCUUGUCCCUUUAAUUGCUUAUGGCCCAAUAUGUCACCAUGACAGUCUGAUACUUAACAACGUGUCAUCAUGUAAGGAGUAUAAAAACACACUUACAAACUAAAAAGCAGUGGGUCACCAUUGUAGAUAGAUAUAGAUAUAUAUAUAUAUAUAUAUAUAUAUAUAUAUAUAUAUAUAUAUAUAUAUAUAUAUAUAUAUAUAUAUAUAUAUAUAUAUAUAUAUAUAUUAAAAAGGAAUUAAAUAGCAAAUAGUGCUCAAUGAUAUAAAAUCAUAGAUACAAGUAAAUAAAAUAAGAGGUACUCACAAAGUAGGAGCAAAACCAGAACUUUUUAUUUAUUUAAUUUUUUUGCUCAAUCCCAAUUGCGUAGGUGGUAUAAUCCCCACCAAGGAUAUAGCUGGAGAUUUUUUUUUUGAGUAAAGCCUGUAAUUCCUGAUGGUGGCCAUGGUGCUGCACACCAGCAUGAAGUAGCGUGUGUCCAUUAAAUAUAUAUUAGCUGGCGAUCUUAUAGAGAAAUGAUCAACUGAAGGUAAAAUAAUAUACCAGUACAUAAAAAGAAAAAUAAACACAAUAUUUUUAUAUAGAUUUACUUUAUAUUUUUCUUUUUAGUCUUUUCGCAUUUGCGUAAAUUAAUUGAGUAACAAUUAUCCUCCUUGAUUCAUAGGUUGUGGAGUGUAAUAUAUUUUCAUCAGAAUCAUUGGUUGAGCACUUUAAAGGUCAAGAUGCUGUCCUUUCCUGUCUGGGCUUUCCAUAUAAAAUGUUUUCGUCCAUCAGUGGAUACACUGACUCAAUGGCGGCCAUCGUGUCAGCCAUGCGCCAGAGUGAAGUGAACAGGAUUGUAACAAUGACUUCUUGGUAUACUGAUAGUAAGUAUCUGUAUUGUACUUUUAUACAAGCAUCAAUCUCUAUAUUGCAAGUGCUGCAGUGAGGUGUAACAGAUGGGGGAAAUCUGGGGGAGUUCUUUUAAUAAAAACUGCAAUUAUUACCUGCUAAGGCUAACUCCACCUCUAGGGCUGUCUACCAGACAGCAAAUAGAAGGACCUCAGGGUUUCUGUGUGACUUUUGGUCUCCUAAGUGAUGCUGGACGUCCUCACGCUAUUCGUGGGAUGUCCAGCGUUACCCAUAACCACAUAGGAAAGCAUUGUAUAUUGUUUUCCUAUGGGGAAAUCCCUAAUGCAAACGCGGCCUUCAUCACUCAUGGGCAUUAGAUUUCCCCGCCAGCUGACAUCUGGAGGAGUGGAGCCUGAGCUAGCGCCAGGGACAUCUGCACUUGACUCAGGAAAGUGUCAGAAGGGGUUUUUAACCCCUUCUGCGCCACAGGUGGGGGACACCAGAUAGUGUGGUAGACGGCCUCUAGAAGAGGAGUUAACCAUAGCAGGUAAUUAUUGCAGUCUAUAAAAACUGCAAUAAUUGCAUGCUCAGGGUUAUGUGUGAUGGGACAUUGCACCCAGACCGCUUCAAUGAGCUGAAGUGGUCUAGUUGCCUACAGUGUCCCUUUAAUUACAAAAUCUCCAUAGAAUAGUAGCUAAAUAAUAUCUAUAUGUUAUAGCAAGCUUUAAAUCGUGUCUAUGUAUGUGUGCUAAUCAGACAACAUUUGCAACAAAACAACUUUGAAACUUGAUGUUCUGUAUCCUGUAGUAUAUAUCCAUUAACUAUAACUCACACGUUUGUGUUUAUUUUCACAGCAAGCUCGGCUCAGAAUUCUUCGUUUUUUGUGCGCAAUGUACUUAUACCUCUCAUUAGAAGUGUGCUUAACAAUAUGCGUGAGAUGGAGCAAUACUUGGAAAAGGAAUGCUCUGAUAUCAACUGGACUGUCGUACGGCCACCUGGACUCCAAAAUAUUACUGCCACGGGUAAGCAAGGGUGACCAGCUUUAAAUAUACACUGAUCCUUUUUAAUUAAUGUAUGAUUUUGGAAAAGUUCCAGGUGUGCUAAACAUUGGUAAUCUAAUAUUUCAGUAUAGAAAGUGCAACAGAAAAGAUUGUGGGCAUUUAAGAAAUUCCAAGUUUAAAAUGUCAGGUGUCAGAAUAAUGAUGGCCUAAUUCAUAAGACAAUCAUAUUGAUUAGAACACUGUUUAUAAUUGUGUACAUGAUUACAGCUCAAGGUAUAAUGGAGCACAAUGGAGAUGCUGUGCACUAUAACUUUUAUCACUCUCAGCUGGGCAAAUAUUUCUGUAAUUUGUAUUGAGGUCAAAGGUUCUGGAUAACUUCAAACUGUUGAACUGCAGAGUAUAUAGUCCAUUACUAAGGCCUAUCAUACCAAUAAAAAAAUGAUCAGUAAGUAUUUAUAAACACGUUCUGAUUAUUCACUAAAGUGAAUGUUGACAUGAAUUUCAAAUUUCAGGCCACAAUAGUCAAACUGGAACAUUUCUCUGUCUUCUUCCAGUUUGUCUAUUUUGGCCUUGAUUUUGAAAUUACAUUUAUUUUACCAACAAAUCUUUUAGUGAAUAACCCUGCUAAGUUUACACAUAUGGAAGGGAGAGUAUAGGCAUGAUCGAAACAUACAAAGGCAUUCACAAACCGGACUUUACAUAGGACACGAGGCCAUGCGUUUAGACUGGAAGAAAGAAUAUUUCGUCUAAGGCAAAGGAAAGGUGUUUUUUUUUUUUUUACUGUAAGAACAAUCAGGAUGUGGAAUUUUCUGCCUGAAGAAGUGAUUUUAUCGUAGUUCAAACAGCUACUAGAUGCAUACUUGCAAAAACAGAAUAUUCAAGGAUAUAAUCUUUCAAUGUAGGGUAAUAACUGCUUGAUCCAAGGAUAAAUCUGACUACCAUUCUGGGGUCAAGAAGGAAUUGUUUUCCUAGUUUGUUGCAAAAUUGUGCUUCAAACUGGGUUUUUUUGCCUUCUUUUGGAUCAACAGCAAAAAACAAAUGUGAGGAAGGCUGAACUUGAUGGAUGCAAGUCUCUUUUCAGCUAUGUAACUAUGUAACUAUCAUUUUAUUAAAAACAUUUAAAGUAGCCUUUUGUUUCCAGAGACUAUCAAAAAAAAAAAAAAAAAAUUUGUAAAAAAAAAAAAAGAUACAGUUAAUUAGAGGUGUCAACCUUGUAGUUUGAGAGCUGUAAUAUGGACACACUUUCUCACAGUGCCUGUAAAAAUAUUUAUUAUUAAUUUAUUUUAUAAAGCGCCAACAAACUCCGUAGCACUGUACAAUGGGUGGAUUAACAGAUACGUAAUUGUAACCAGAAAAGUUGGAUGCACAGGAACAGAGGGGUUGAGGGUCCUGCUCAGUGAGCUUACAGUCCCGAUUGUAUGAUACAUCAUCUUCUUUCUGCAGAAAAAGAAAUAAUCACUCAUGAAGGCUAUUUUGUUCCUGAUGAAAAAGGUUACCCAAUAACAAACACUGUGGCUCGUGGAGACGUGGCAAGGUUCAUGCUCUCUGCCAUUAAUGACGAUCAAUGGACAAGAAAAACUAUUGCAAUGUGUUGUAAAGGUUAAAGUGACUAAUUACAUCCACUUGGCACUCAUGAAACUUAUGUAUCACACAAAACAAUGCACGGUUAUUGCAUGAUAUUUUUUAUGUAUUAAAUAUUUUUUAUGUAAAAGAUCAAUUUGUGAAAUAAACCUAUUCUGUACCUUCUGCAAUUUUGAACUUUCCAUCUCUUUUUGCAUACUGGAUCCACAAAGCUGUACACUUAGCAUGGAAUAUUUACAAAUAAUUUAUUUUAUAUUUUUUACCAUUAAAGGGACACUCCACGUGUUUGGAUUUCUAACACUUCAGUGUUUCUUUAAAGGAGAACUGUAACUUCUCUGGAAAAUAUUAAAUAAAACUCCCCUAUUGUGAUGAGGAUAGUUGGAACUGGCCAAUAGCUUAGGAAUUUUCUGGAAAUGGCACCAUUUCAUAAAACAUUACAAUCACCUAUAUCUUAAUGGGCAUCGGGUGGGGGGGGGAUGCUUUAAAUUGUAAGGGGUGGAGACCUAGUGUACUUUCCCAUGGCCCCCACCCAUGCCAGCAGGUGAAGGCUCUAACAUACACAAUAAGGGGCAUCAGGUGGGGGAUACUUUAAGUUGUAGAGGGAGGGGACCUAGUGUACUUUCCCAUGGCCCCCACCCAUGCCAGCAGAUGAGGCCAAACUAUCUUGGCAUGGGUGGGUGACAAGAGAAGGAGCCCUAGGUCCCACUCCUUAUUAUACAUACUACAUCCAUUAGGCCCCUACAAUUUAUAACUAUUAGGGCCUCCACCCACUGGCAUGGGUGGGCGACAGGGAAGGGUCCCCCAUUAUUAUACAGACUAGGGCUCCCACAUGCCAGCAUGAAUGGGGGCCAAGGUAGGUAACACUAGGUUACCCCCCUCUCCCCCCAUUUUAUAACUGUUUUUGUUUUCCCAUUCAACAGCUUAAGUGGAGACCAGGGAGGGGACAGUCCACCGUUAUUAAACAUAUUUGGGCUCCCACCCACUUAAAGUUUAAAGUAUCCCUGCCAGAUGAGCAUGCAAUAUGAAAGAUUGGGUAAAAUGUCGAGUACUGAGCAUUUAAGUAGCACUCAUUUAAAAAAAUUAAAAAAAUAAAAUUUUUGGAACUGACAUUACAAUCCAGUUCAAUCAUUACAAAGUCAGGGCACAAACUGCAAAAGAGGAGAAAAGGAAACUGUUUUAAUUGUCUUGUUCUCUAUACUGAUUGCCAGCUGCAAAGGACAGCAUUUGAAACAAUGAGAGAUUAGGAAACAAGAAAGAGGCACUGUUCUAGGACAAAGCA